AUGGAAGAAAGUGAUGAACCUGAACAGCCUAUCUCAUUAGGGAGGCAAGAAUUUAGAAGGAGAAGACGACCCAGCCAACCAAUGGUAGAUAAGUCCCAGCAGACUGAAGCAACAGAAAAAAAGAAACUCAUGGCUGUAGUACAACCCCCUGCCCCCAAAGCCACCCUCAGUAUUGGCAAUAUUUCUGGAAGCAAAGGCAACUACUCUGCAAAAGAAUAUGCGUCUCUUAGACUGUCUUCUCAGCUUCAGAAAACUUGGGUAAAGAGAAAGCGUGGCCAGGACGUGACUGAUAAAUCGCUGCAGACAGACACUGCUGUGGAAGAAAAAGUGGAAGUCAUAUACAUUGACAAAGCACUUACACUUGAAGAAACCCCAGCUGCUGCUGAAGAAACAGCUCUUGAAUUGCCGCAGAGUGUUCCAGAAGUAGAGAUUCCAACAAGCAGACCUGCCACUCAUUUAAUAGACAGAUCUCAGCAGACCAGCUGUACUGGUGACUGGAGUCUGAUGAACAUUUGCCCAAAAGAUAAAGUGGAUAAAGAACAACAGACCUACUUCAGUGAGUUAGAAAUUACUAUUAUGUCUAUGCCGAGGAGCUCCCUGCCUAAGUCAAAGGAGGAAACAAUUCCUGCUGAAAUAAAGGCUUCUCUUGAAAUCCAGGUAGUGUCAACUGAAGAAAUAUCUAAUGACAUAAUGUGUUUCACCGAAGGGGAGAUUUCUGCUGAACUCCAGGCCCAACCAGCAGAUGAGGCCACAGCUAAAGCAUUGCUCUUCCUUACAGAGGAGCUCCCUACCCAAGCACCAUCUCCAGCUGGAGAGACCUCUGCCUCUGGGACAGCCACUACAACUACAAAAGAUUCUUUGGAAAGACAGCCUCCACUAGAUGAUGAGCUUACUUCUGUACAGCCCCCUACUGAUAUUACUCCUCUGUCAGGGCAAGAGGGCUUUUCAGAUGAGCCUUCUGAUCAACCGAAUCCUGAAGGAGCGGAAGUGGCUCCUUCAGAACUAACAGCUGAAAUUCUGGUUCCAAUCACAGAAGAGGUGCUUGGGAAAGUUCAAGCUUUAGCAAUUGAGACUUUCCUUGAAGAAACCUCAGGUAAAGUGGAGCCUACUACUGCUGAAGAGUCUACUGGUGAAGUUCAACCUCCACCAUCUGAGGAGGUGUCUAUAGAAGUACCUGCUGAAGUUCGGUCACCGUUAACUAGGCAGGUAGUAGAAGAGGUCUCAGCAGAAACUGUCCAUGUAGUAUCUGAGGAACUUCCUACAGAGGAGGUUAUUGUAGGAGGUCAGCCUCCAUCAGCUGAGGAAGUCCCUGUGGAUAGGGCUACUGCAGGAGCCCAGCCUCCAUCAGCAGAAGACAUUCGAGCAGAAGAAAUUCAGCCUCCACCAGCUGAGGAAGUCCUCAGAGAAGAGAGCCCUGCACAAGGUCCACCUCCACCAACUGAAGAGGCCGUUAUAGAAGACAUGGCUGCAGAAACUCCACCUGCACCAACUGAGGAGUCCAUUAUAGAAGACAUGCCUGCAGAAACUCCACCUGCACCAACUGAGGAGUCCAUUAUAGAAAAUAUGCCUGCAGAAACUCCACCUCCACCAACUGAAGAGGCCAUUAUAGAAAACAUGCCUGCAGAAGGUCCACCUCCACCAACUGAGGAGUCCAUUAUAGAAAACAUGCCUGCAGAAGGUCCACCUUCACCAACUGAGGAGGCCCCUACAGAAGCGAUCCUUGCAGAAGGUCCACGUCCACCAACAGAGAAGAGCCCUGAAGAACCUUUGCCUCCACCAGCUGUGGAAGGUCCUACAGAAGAGGUUCCUGCAGAAGCUCUGUCUCCUCCAGCUGAGGAAGUCUUGGCAGAAGCCUUGCCCUCAGCAGCUGAGGAGAAUCCUGCAGAAGUUCCACCUCCACCAACUGAAGAGAGACCUGAAGAAGUUCCACUUCCACCAACUGUGGAGCAUCCUGAAAAAGCUUCAUCUCCACCAGUUGUGCAGGGACCUGCAGAAGAGGCCUUGCCUCUGCCAGCUGAGGAGAAUCCUGCAGAAGCUCCACCUCCACCAACUGAAGAGAACCCAGCAGAAGCUCCACCUCCACCAGCUGUGGAGAACCUUGCAGAAGCUCUGCCUCUGUCACUUGAAGAGAACCCUGCAGAGGCUCUGCCUCCACCAGUUGAGGUGGACCUUCCUGAAGUGAUGGUCCUGUUUCCAUCAGGUGAGUCCCUUGUAGAAGAGGCCUCUUCAGAACUUCAGCCUCCAUUUCUUGAGUGGGAUCUGCUAGAAGAUCUUGCUCCAGAAAAAGAAGUUGUGAUUCCAGAAGCUGAAGAGAUCCUUCUAGAACACUUACCUGUCGAAGUGAAACCUCUAACACCUGAGGAGGAUGUUGCAGAAGGGGUCUCAGUUGAAUUUCAGGCUCUCCCAGCUGAAUACCCUGCAAGAGAGGCCACUGUUGAAGCUCAGCGCCCAUCACUUGAGAGUGCUUCAAUAGAAGAAACCCUUGCUGAAGCUCAGCUUCCUUUGGCAGAGGCAGGCCCUGCAGAAGAGGGUCCUGCAGUUCAGCCUCUAUCAUUGGCUCCUUCAGAUGAGGCCCCUGCAGAAUAUCAGUUUCUACAAACUGAAGAGACUCCUAUAGAAGAGGCACCAGUUGAAGUUCAGCCUCUACCAGCUGAGGAAGUCUUUACCGAAGUGGUUCCGGUUGAAGAAACCCCUGCAAGUGAAGUUGGGUAUCCUUCAUCUGAGGGGGAUCUUAAAGAAGAAGCCACUGUGGAAGCCCAGUUGACAUCAGUUGAAGAGAGCCCUGAAAAGGCUUCUGCUGGUGUUCAGCCUCCACCACCUGAGAGCCCUGCAGGAGAGUCUUCUGAUGUUAAUGGGGUUCCUAUGGAAGAUCUUCCUAUGAAUGAGAUGCCUGCUGAAGAUCCACUUUCACCUUCUGAGCAAACCUCUGAAAAUGAGGAUCCAUUAAAAGAUGUCCAGGAAUCAGUUAUCUCAGACAAAGAGUCUGCUGCUUUUACAGGUGUUAAAAAAUCUGAAAGAACAGAUUCUGUUUCUGAAGAUGUGUCUAAGUGCAAGGAUGAUCAGUUCCCCACCUUCAAAAUAGAAGGUACCAUUAAAAUAGAGUUAAAGAACUCCUCAUGA